CAGUUAUCGGCGUCCAACCCGAAAUACAAUACUCCGCCACGUACACGCAGCUUCCACUCCCAAACGGUUUUGGGAAAACGAAGCAAAUAUCCCGAGUCCCCGGCGUAUAUGCUGCCCUGGCCCUGCCAAACAACACUGAGUCAUACUCCUCCCUAUAUAUAAGUGGCCCGACCAAGCCUCCUCCUCCAUCGCCAUCGCCAUCUCCCAACCCAAAGCUCACACAACAACAUCACAAAGAUCACCACAGACGCAGCUCCAACCUAAAAUCAGAAGCCAAGAGUGACAAUGGGGCUUUGCAUGUCCAGCGGCAGCGCGGUGCCGGAGGCGGCGGUGUGGGCAAAGGGGCAGCCUGCCUCGACGGCUAUGGUACUGCUUCCGAUGGGUGAGCUGCGGGAGUACCCGCGCCCGGCCACAGCGGGCCAGGCGCUCGAGGACUCAGUGGCUGGGGACGCCAGCUGGUUCCUGUGCGACGCCGACGAGAUGGGGUUCGAGGGCCCCGUGGCCGCGGUGGCUGUGGCAGAGGAGCUACGCCCGGGGCAGAUAUAUUUCGUGCUCCCCGCUGAGGCUCGACGGAACGGCCUCCAGCGCGAGGACCUCGCCGCUCUCGCUGUCAGGGCGUCCGUGGCGCUCGUUAAUAAGGCCAACGCCGGCGGCGGACGACGGAGGCGAGCCGGCGCGGUGGCGCCGCUCAUUUUCGCCCCACCCCAGGAGGUAGUCGAGACCAUCGCUUACAAGAACGUGCCGGCGCUGGCGGCAAAGAGGCGGCCGGUGGCGCGUGCGAAGAGUGCUGGGAGGAUGCAGCCGCGCUUCGCACCCGAUCUGACCGCCAUCCCUGAGUGCGAGUGAACCAACACAAUGGCGUUUCCCGUGCAAGGUAUAGGCAGAUGGGGAGGUGGAUUAGACUCUGUAAUUUGUAGGAACGAAAUUUUGGCUUGUUAGUCGAGUUUGUGUCUGAACACGCUACG